AUGGGAUGCGACUAUUGCGGCCCACCGGCUCCACCCCAUGAGGCUGACGUUACGCCAACCGCGGCUCCAAAUGGGAAGACGAGCAGUUGCCAAAAUUCUUGCUGCGAUUGCGACGACGCUGAGCCCCUCGACACCGCGGCCUCAGGCUCAAAAAUGCCCACUCUCGAGAAAGCAGGUGAUUGCUGCCCUCCUGACAAAUGUGCCGACAACAAAACCGAGAAUCAAACCGACACGCCUGACUGCUGUCGUGGUAAAGUCAGCCCAUGCUGCGACAUUACUUGUCUCAACCGUUUAGCUAUGCGGGAAUGUGAGAUGAGUGCUAUGGCUACCCCUGCCCCGAAUAGUCAGCCAAAGACUUGCGGUGGAGCUACGGUCCGCAAGCCAUGCAGCCAACAUCGUCUUUCUACCCUCGACCGUUACGGUGCUACUCUACAAGCCUUGGGAUGUAUCUGCCGCGCUCUCAUUGCUCUUGGUCGGGAAACCUGCUGUGAACUUCGCGAGACACAGUCACUGGAUGGGAAGCAGUGCUCUACUAAGUCAUCUGCUCGCUCCCUUCGCACUUCACUGGAGUCCUAUAGCAGCAACGGCUCCGUCACCGAGGAUCAGGUCGGGCAGGACCCUCUUCGUCCGCAAAAGAGUUCUCUUGAAAAUACGAGGUCUUCCAAGAAAGUGCCCACGGAUGCCUGCUUUGCCUCUUGUUGUUCGAAGGAGAAGCCCGCUAAAAAGUGUCCAGUCAAAAGCAAGUGCUUGAAGCCAUACUGCUCUGAGGACACGCCCGCGGAGGUUCCAUUCGUCAAGGAUAACUGUGCCAAGGCGUGCGACUCCCUCGAAAACUCGGCGAAGCAGCCUGCUGCCCAAACUGGACGCCUUGAUUCGUGCUGCUCAGAGACUCUUAGUAUCGAAGAAUCCUUUCCCAAGAUCGGCUGCCCUGGAUCUUGCUGCCCUAAAGACCAGGCUGUCAAAGACAAUGACGCCAAGAGCAUUUAUGCUGACCCGUGCUGUUCGAAGAUCGAACCCAUUGUUGAACCUGCAACUGGUGUAUGCGCAAGAUCCUCCUGUGGAUCUAAAACCAUGAUCACUAUAGAGCCUCUCAAUUUGGUGUCCUCUGGCUCUUGCUGCAAGCUGCCAAAGCAGGAUAUCGUGAAGACUCCAAUUGCUAGUUGCGGGGGUUCUCGCUACACAGAAAAGCAGCCGCCUAGCUCUCAAGGCCCUUGCAUCGAUGCUUGCUGCUCCUCUGUUGUGCCCAAUGCUGGUUUAGAGAUUGUGAAAGCCUCGAUCCAGGCUGUCACCGAUAUAGAGAAUCAAGGUACCGGCAAGGAACAUGUUGUUCUCAGCAUUUCUGGCAUGACAUGUACUGGUUGCGAGACAAAGCUCAACCGAAGCCUCGUUACUAYCCCUGCCGUUACAGACCUGAAAACCAGUUUGGUUCUCUCACGAGCCGAGUUCAACAUCGAUCUACGCCUUGGAUCAGUGGAGGAAGUCAUGAAACACCUGGAGCGAACCACUGAAUUUAAGUGCGAAAGAGUCAAGAAUCAGGGAUCUAGCCUGGAUCUUAUUGUCCCUGAUCAGCCCUUAAAGUUCAUUAGUCAGACGUGGCCGGGCGGAAUUCUGGACAUGGCACUCAUGGAUAAACAGACCGUGCGAGUUGUGUUUGAUCCGAAAAUUGUGGGAGCUCGAGAGCUCGCCGAGAAGGUUUGGGGUACGCCAAUUGAACUUGCUCCUCCGCGCGGUGACCCUUCGCUGGAGGCUGGCAGCAAGCACGUCCGUUAUGUCGGAUACAUGACGCUUCUCUCCACUGUCUUGACGAUUCCGGUCCUGAUCAUGGCAUGGGCUCCGCUUCCUGAAAGGAAGGUGGCAUAUGCCUCGGCUUCACUCGCCUUGGCUACGAUUGUUCAAGUUGUCAUAGCGGGGCCUUUCUAUCCCAAAGCUCUGAAGGCUCUCGCUUUCUCGAGGGUUAUCGAGAUGGAUCUCUUGAUUGUCUUGAGCACUAGUGCUGCCUAUAUCUUCUCAGUGGUCUCCUUUGGGUACCUCAUUGUACGUCGGUCCCUAUCGACUGGUCAAUUCUUUGAAACGAGCACUCUUUUGGUCACCUUGAUCAUGGUUGGUCGAUGGGUUGCCGCUCUCGCCCGUCAGAGAGCCGUGGAAUCUAUUUCUAUCCGGUCACUUCAGGCGUCGACAGCUAUUCUUGUGGACCAAAAGAGUGGAACAGAACGUGAGAUUGACGCCCGACUUCUUCAAUAUGGCGACAUCUUCAAAGUUCUCCCCGACACGAGAAUCCCGACCGAUGGCACUGUCAUCACUGGGUCGUCUGAAGUUGACGAGUCUUUGCUCACUGGUGAAUCUAGACCAGUGGAGAAAUAUCCCACGUCUGUGGUGAUUGCUGGGUCUAUCAAUGGACCAGGAGUUAUGACCAUUCGACUGAGUCGUUUGCCUAACGAGAACACUAUCAAUACUAUUUCUGCGAUGGUCGAUGAAGCCAAAAUGUCAAAACCCAAGUUGCAGGAUCUCGCAGAUCAGGUAGCAUCCUACUUCGUCCCGGUUGUGCUGGCAUUGACAAUCAUCACGUUCGUCAUCUGGUUUGCAGUAGGCACGGCUAUUCGAUCAUAUGAUGGCUCUGAAGCUACAAUUGAGGCCAUCACCUACGCUAUUACUGUCCUCAUCGUCUCUUGCCCUUGCGCUAUUGGACUGGCUGUGCCUAUGGUCAUUGUGGUGGUCAGCGGAGUUGCGGCGGAAAGAGGUAUCAUCUUCAAGUCGGCAGAUGCUAUUGAAGUGGCCCAUAAGACGUCUCACGUCGUGUUUGACAAGACUGGGACCUUGACCCGGGGAAAGCUUUCUGUAGUUAUGGAGCACUGCGACAAUGUGGACAAGCUGCCGCUUCUUCUAGGCCUCAUCGAAAACAGUCGACAUCCGGUCUCUGUUUCUGUGGCUGCUCACCUGAAGGAUGCCGGAGUUAUUGCUUCGCUAGUUCCUGAGCCCAAGAGCCUUACUGGGAAAGGUGUUGAAACUACCUUUGAUGGCCAGAAACUUCAAGCAGGAAAUUCUCGCUGGCUGCAUUUAUCAGAAAAUGAGGUCGUUCAACCAAUGCUUGCUCAAGGGCACACCGUUUUUUGCUUUGCUAUGGACAACGCGUUACAGGCGGUCUAUAGUCUUGAAGAUGAGCUUCGACAUGACGCUGUGGGGACAAUUAAGACCUUGCAGCAACGUGGUGUCUCAGUACAUGUCGUUUCUGGCGAUGAUGACGGAGCUGUUCAGUCUUUGGCGUCGAGGCUUAGCAUUCCUGGCGGCAAUGUCCGUUCUCGAAGCUCGCCCGCCGACAAGAAAGACUACAUCCAGACGCUCCUCGAUACUGAGAUAGAUCAUAAGAAACCCGUUGUUGUUUUCUGCGGUGACGGCACGAACGAUGCCGUUGCUCUCGCCCAGGCUACGAUCGGCGUCCACAUGAAUGAAGGCACGGAUGUUGCGCAAUCCGCCGCCGAUGUGGUUCUCAUGCGACCUUCUCUAGCUGGUAUCCUCACUAUGAUGGAUGCCAGCCGGAAAACUGUCAACCGCAUCAAGUUCAACUUUGCGUGGAGCUUCGUGUACAACAUUUUUGCAGUCCUUCUCGCUGCGGGUGCUUUUGUCAAUGCGAGGAUCCCCCCAGAGUUUGCGGGACUGGGAGAGUUGGUGAGUGUGUUGCCAGUCAUUGCUGCUGCGCUGCUUCUGCGCUGGUCGAAGAUCUAA